UUAGAGAGGAGUCGCACAGGGCGAACAGCUGUACAGCCCUGUACAAGCGCGUCUCAAGUGCCGCUUCUCUCAGGUUCACAAGCUGGGAGAUUUGGGAUAGUCUUGAAAUAAACAUAAAAGGCAUUCGGAUAAGAAAUUAAAGUCUUCUUCGUGCACAAAACAUGGAGAAGCAUGAAGUGCUGGCCCAGCUGUUGGGAGACCUGGCCCAGUUCCUUAAGCUCCUGGAUCAGGAGAAGCUGAGUGGGAAUGCCACUGUGCAGAAAUGCCUCCUCUCCGACCUGCUGCAGUCUUACACCUCUGCCAACGGUUGUGAUGAGGAGUACAUCUACAUGAAUAAAGUCAUGGUGUGUGGACAGAAUCCAGAGAAAUCCAUCUCAGACAGAGAAGACACACCUGAUGGCCUGACCAAUGGACGAGCAGGAAAGCACUUUCCAGCCCCCCAGAAGAGCCUGCCUGAUCUUCCCCAGACAAGAACGUGCUUGGGAAGAGACCCCCUCCCGCUGCCCAUGCCGGAUUCUCCCGAGGGAUACUAUGAAGAGGCUCAACCCUAUGACACAGCCACCAAUGACAUGGGUUGUUUCGGUAGACGUACGGCGUCCCGGAGACGUUUAGAGGCUGAGGAGGGUGUGGUGUAUUCCACCAUCUCCAGGGAGGACUGCGAGGCUGUGAGCAGCUCGUACGAGUCAUACGACGAGGAGGAAGUGUCCAAAGGGAAGUCGUCCACGCCACACCAGUGGCCAUCUACAGAGGCCUCCAUCGAGCUGAUGAGGGACACGCGGAUCUGCGCCUUCCUGUGGAGGAAGAAGUGGCUGGGCCAGUGGGCCAAACAGCUGUGUGUCAUCAAGGAACAUCGCCUCCUGUGCUAUAAGAGCUCUAAGGAGCAGGUUCCACAGCUGGAUGUUAGCCUGGUGGGCUGCAGUGUGGUUUACAAGGAGAAGCAGCUGAAGAAGAAGGAGCACAAGCUGAAGAUUACCCCGGUGGGGGCUGAAGCCAUCGUCCUGGGCCUGCAGAGCAAGGAACAAACUCAACAGUGGCUGAAGGCUAUUCAGGAGAUCAGCAGUAAACAUGUUGAAGGUACAGAAGUGGCCCCCUAUCCAUCAGACUCCCCACGUCUCAUCUGUACACAGGGUGAGCUGGGUGAGAGGUACUCUGUAGCAUCAGAGAGUGGCAGCAGCACAGACAGCCACACUGAGGCUCCAGAGAAUAAAGAUGUUAAGAAGAAGCAUGGCCCAGGCUUAAAGUUCAGUAACCUGAUGAACAUUGGUAAAAAGAAGACUUCAUCUUUGGACAGUCCUGAAAAAUCUAUUGACACAUCAGGUAUCCUGAACGUGCUGGUGAACAGCCAGUGGCGGGCGCGCUGGUGUCUGAUUAAGAAUGGGCAGCUGUGGUUCUACCAGGACAAGGCAAAGACCAAAGUAGCCCAGCAGCCUGUGCCGCUGGCCGGGUGUGUGGUGCUUCCUGACCCCAGCCCGGACCACCUGUACUCAUUCCGCAUCCAGCAGGACGGGGAACAGCUGGCCACACUGGAGGCCAAGUCCUCUGCCGUCAUGGGCCAUUGGCUGGGCCUGCUGCUCUCACAGACCGGAUCUAAGAUGGACCCGGAGGACCUGACGUAUGACUACGUGGACUCGGACAGAAUAUCCUGCAUUGUAAACGCUGCCCGAACCUCCAUGUAUCUGAUGCAGAGGAGGUUUUCCGAACCAAACGCCUACACAGACAGUCUCCCCGUGGUCUCUAAUGUCACAGACGAUAUCUACGACGACGUGGCAGCAACAGAGCCGGAGCCAGAGCUAGAGGAGAGCCAAGAGAGUGGCCAUAAGGGAUCCAGUGUGGAGCCGGGGCUCAAGGCAGAGCCAGACACAGCAGAGAGGUUGUACCUGGAUCUUAUCCCGGUCCGAUCAUUCCUCCACCCCUCCAGCGGGCACACUUCCCCCAAGGUUUCCAGCCCAACAUCACAGCUCACAGAUGAACCAAAACCUCCAAGCCAGAAGGAUCCAGAGCUUUCAUGUAGCAGUACUAUUCCUCCUCUUCCACCGAGAGCAGAGCUGGAUCAGCUGUGUCCCAGUGUGCAGGUCCAAGCCCAGCCCCAGAAACCUCUCUCCAAUCCUGACUCCCAGAACCCCUCUCACUCCAACCCUGACCCUCAGAAAUCUGUCUCUAACAUUGACCCCCAGAAACUCUCUGUCUCCAAUGCGGACGCCCAGAAACCCCUUCUCUCCAAUGUGGAACCUCAUAAACCCCCUCUCCCUAACACGGACCCCGAGAAACUCCCGGUGUACAGCCCUGACACCCAUAAAUCCCCUCUCUCCAAUGCUAACACCCAUAAAUCCCCUCUCUCCAAUGCUGAUACCCAGAAAUCCCAUCUCUCCAAUGUUAACGCCCAGAAACCCCCCCUCUCCAAUGCUGACACACAGAAAUCCCCCCUCCUCAGCACUGAGGCUCAGAGACGAUCAGGUCCUGGUGCUCCCAGCCCACAGCAUGCCAGGAUCCACAUAGAGGUGUCAGAUCGGCCAAGACCCACCACUGCAGGCUCGGGGUCAAUCGAGGUCAAGCUGGGAAAGAACAGAACGGAGGCAGACGUCCGUCGGUUCUCAGAGGAGCGAGACCGCCUGGAAAGGGAGAGAGAGGAGGUGCGGAACACCCUGGCAGCGCUGCGGCAGCAGAGGAGGGAGCUGAAGGAGGCGCUCACAGCCUGCAGAGACCCGGCGCGGCAGCGCCCCCUGGAGGUGCGUGUGAAAGAGGCAGAAGAGGCCUGCCGUUUGGAGGAGACGAAGCGGGUAGAGCUGGAGCUCCACCUGAUGGAUGUGAAGGAGAGUCUGAAGAAGGUGGAGGCAGGACCCUUCACCCUGGGCACGACCGUGGACUGCGGCCUCCUGGACACCGUCAGCACCUCCACGCCCAAGGCUCCAUCCUGCUCCUCACCUGCAGCGCCCUCCUCUAACUGCACAGAUGCCUCCCCCGUAAACUCCGCCACAGCCCUGAAGAGCAGACCCCUGUCAAUCAUGGCAGCCAGCAAGGGCAACGUCCUCCAGAAAGCCAAGGAGUGGGAAAAGAAGGUGACAACCUAGAGGAGGGCUCUCUUCAGACCUGGCGUGACCACUGGCUCGAGCUUCUGCCAAAAGAAAAGCUCUCCUGGAUCAGUGGAGAAACCAUGUUAAAAAUAAGUAUUGCUUUCUGACAGCCUAUUGUCUUUUUUAAACCAUGUACGCAAUUAAGAUGUUCGGAUUGGAUUUUUUGUGGACAGAAAAUCCCCAGAUUGCCUGCUCCCCUACGCCGGAGAAUAGCCCCGCCAAAGUGCAGUUCUUGGGUAGUGUUCCAGGCAUUAGCACAGAUCUUUGCCCAUUUAAGUUGGCAUCAAGGUUGUAAAUACAUUUUAAGCAUCUGAAAUAUAAAUGUUCCCUUUGACCUCUUUAUGUACCCCACAAACAAAGGUGCACUUUUAUUCAAAUAAAAUUUGAUAAAGAAA